AUGGAUACCCAGGUAGAUUGUGAAUUAAUGGAAGAAAUUAAAGAAGCUCUACAAAACAAUGAUCUGCUGCUAGUUGCUGAAACCAUCCAGAAGUGUUUGGACAAAUUAAAUAAUACUCCACUAAACAUUGCUAUCACAGGAGGGUCUGGUUCAGGUAAAUCCACCUUUGUGAAUGUUCUCAGAGGUAUAGACAACAGGGAUAAGGAGAGAGCCGCCCCUACUGGUGUUGUAGAAACCACCUCUGAGGUUACAUCUUACCCCCAUCCAAACUAUCCCAAUGUCACAUUAUGGGAUCUCCCUGGUAUUGGCACCACCACUUUUCCUGCUGAUAAAUACCUGGAGCAUGUUGGAUUUGAUAAGUUUGACUUCUUCAUCAUCAUCUCAGUUGAUCGCUUCAGAGAAAAUGAUGUGAAGCUCGCUCAGGAGAUUCAGAAGAUGGGGAAAAAAUUCUACUUUGUUCGCUCAAAGAUUGAUAAUAAUUUACGUGAUGAGGAAAGAAGUCAGAGAAAGUUCAAUGAGGAAACAACUCUGGCACAAAUCAGGGAAAACUGCAUUAAAGGUCUUCAAAAACUAGGUAUUGAGACUCCACAGGUCUUCCUGUUGUCCAGCUUUGAUCUCCACCUGUAUGAUUUCCGUCUGCUAGAGGAGACCUUAGAGAGAGAACUUCCUGCACUGAAGAGGAAUGUUCUGCUGUUGGCUUUGCCCAGUGUCAGCCUGGAGAUCAUCAACAAGAAGAAAGAGGCUUUACAGGCCAAUAUAAAAUAUUAUGCCAUACUAUCUGCAGUUGUAGGAGGUGUACCAGUUCCUGGGAUUUCUUCUGCUGUUGACAUAGGCAUGAUAGCUGGUGUUGUUACACAAUACAAAGUUGUGUUUGGUCUUGAUAUCCCAUCACUGGAGAGACUUGCUCAAACCACAAGAGUGCCAUUAGAUGAUCUGAGGGCUGUCAUGAUUUCACCACUGGCUGCAAAAAAAAUAACCCCUGAUCUUGUCAUGAAGGAGUUACAACAUAGAGACAUGUCUGUAAUGGCAGCAGAGGAAGUGUCCAGAUGCAUUCCAAUACUUGGAAUCCCUGCAGCAAUGGGCCUCUCUUUCAUCUCCACCUACAGAGUUCUGAGUACUUUCCUCGACAUGCUUGCUGACGAUGCAGAGAGAGUGUUUAAGAAGGCCCUGGGUCUGAACACCUCAGUGUGA